AUGCCCGGGGCUCGAGAAGAGCUUAAACUCUGCCGUCAGAACAUUGAAAGUGUGUUGGAGCAGAGGGAAAACUUGGAGGAAAAGAUGGAGGAACAGAAAGCAGCAGAUAACAGCGUUGCAGUGUUUCGUACACGAGCCCAGCAUAAGCUUUUGUGUCAGAAGCUGCAGAGUGAAGAGGAGCUGGAGGGCCACAUCAACACGGAGCUGAAGCAACAAGAACUGGAGCUGAGCGAGGUGGAGGUGGAGCUUGGCAGGUUCUCCUCUCUCCGGCAGGAGGUGCAGGAGGAGGAGCGGGCCUUCGGGGUCCUGAAGAAGCAGAAGGCGACGAAACGGCUGCAGCAGGAGAGGAAAGCCAGCCAGCACCAGCAGCUCAGGAUGCAGCAUCUCAGGGAUAAACAGGCAUCCAUGCUGAAGAAAGAGGAGGCUGAAUGUCAGAGGAAAAUCGAAGAGGGCCGGGCCAGCCGCAAGGUAGCUGCCAAGUACUUGAAAGAGACCAUUAAAAGGUAA